CACAUAUGCGAAACUGGUGACUCUCCCACAGCAACAAUACAUCACAUCAUAAACAUUAUGUUAUGUAGUAUAAAAAUCUUCUCACACUUUCACUUCACUUUCAAUUUCCCUUUCAUCUUCCUUUCAAGUUCUAACCAAUUAACUUAACCCUCCACCCUAAAAUACCAAAUACUCUUCAAUCUUUUUCUCUCAAUGGAAUCACUUAAACCAAACGCGAUUCGAACACACUUCGCCGCCAUUUCCAAAACCAUUCGCAUUUUCGAACUCUGCAUCCUCCUUCUCCUUCUUUCCUGGUCUCUCACGCGCCUCCCUCUCGCCGUUUCCAUCUCCGCUGACUUCCUCCGUAAACUCGCUGCUAACCCUCUCUUCAUCUUCGCAGUCUCUAAUGCCAUCAUCGCCGCACUUCUCGCACAAUCCGGCCGUUUCUCUGGUGAAAACACCGACGAGCAUGCUGGUGCCGGUAAACUCUACCGCGAGUUUAUGAAUAGCCGUAUCGCGGUUUCAGAUCGCGACCACCAGCCUCCGUUCGACGCCGUUAAAACUACGCCGGUUGCAGAUGUUGCGACUGUCGCAACGGAGGUGAAGUGUCAGGACAAGGAGGUAAUCUCUGAAACCGUUCCGGCUCCGGUGGUUCCAGAUCAAGAAAGUGAAGCAGGCUCCGAGUUCACGAAUUUCCGACGGAGUCAGUCGGAGAAAUGGAAAGGUGAGGCUGGAAAGAUGCAGCGUCGGAAACAGCUCCGGCGAUCGGAAACGGAGAAGCUUCGAGAAACUGCGAGAGAAAAUUUAUAUCCGCAGGAUAAGCUAAGCAACGAAGAGUUUCAACGCGCCAUUGAUGCGUUCAUCGCAAAGCAAAUGAGGUUUCUGCGAGAAGAUUCUUCCGCCAUUGUUGUUAGCAAAACUUCGUAGCGUGUAGAUUUUGAAAUCGAAAAAAAAAAGCGCUGAAAAAUCAAAAUCCAUUUGAAAAAAAAUAAAAAAUAAUCUAGAAGAGUUAUGAUGGUACUAUCUGUUUUCUCUCUGAUUCGUCUGCAGUGUACACUGUGUACAGUGUUAGUAAUAUUUUUCUUAUAUAUUAAAAUUCCCAUUUUUAUAGUUUUUUCACGUGAGUGAAUUUAUGUGUACUAAUUAACUUGUGUAGCCAUUUCGUGCAGUAAUUAUUAUUAUUAUUAUUAUUAUUAUUA